AUGGCUGAAGCCUUGUCCCCCAACGCCGAUACUUCAGCUUUUAAGGGGAAUGACUAUAGCAUAGUGCAUACACAGGCCAGGGAUCCGAAUUUGAUAUACACACAUAACGCCAUGAGCCCUGAUCCGACGUACGCCAAAAACGACGUUAACCCCAAUCCGAUGUACCUACAAAGCACCAUGGAGCCAAACGCCAGCCCUGGACCCAAGUCAAAUAAGAGCAAUGACAGUCAGACAUCAGUUGAUGCACAUGACGAAGCCUCCUUUAGACCAGCUGACAACAUUAACAACGAUUGUCUUCAGCCGUAUUCUGUAACACGCUGCCAGAAAGAAUAUGAGGUCUCAAUCAAAAUGCCAGAAAACACUGAGGACAAUCCCCACACCCAGCCGUACGCAGUUACUUAUCAGAAACAUGAUGGAAUUGACAUCGAAUCAGCUAACUGUGAUGUCGGCCAGCCAUAUGCCGUUCAAUACGAAGAUGAAACUGUUGGUGACUCAGCAAACAAUGAUGGCAAUCCCUGCAUCCAACGAAAUGCAGUUAACCACCAGGAAGACGAGGAGCCCUUCCUUGGGCCACUCAACUGUAAUGGCGGUCAGCCUUACGCUGUUAAAUACCAUGAAGAUGACGAUAGUGGCAAUGCUGCGUCCAAAAACAGAUAUACAGUCAGUAUCGCAUCUGAAGAUGAGGUCAUUCAACCAUACGCUGCCGCAUACAUGUGCCAGGGUGACGUGGGGUGGAACACAACUUCAAGAUACCCUCAUACAAGCCUGUUCUCACAGAAUCAGAAUCAACCAACGGCGGCAUCAAACAAUAUCAAUGACGUCUCGACCAGCCCGUCGAGCAAUGGUGACCUCCAUGCACUAGAUCCAAAUCCGAUGUACGCUGCCGCAGACAUGGUACGGGGUGACGUGGGGUGGAACACAGCAUCAAGAGACACUCAUGCAAGCCUAUCCUCCCAGAAUCUACCAGCGACGGCUUUAAACAGCAUCAAUGACGCCAAUGAUGUCCUCCAUGCACUCAAUCCAAAUCUGAUGUACGCGCCAAACGUCCAGCGUCUUGCAACACACGGUGGUGACGUAAAGCCGGAGAAGAUCACGUUUGGUGGGCAGAGAGAAGAACCGGGAAAUAUCGGGGGGGCCUUAGGAUUCGGAGUUGCCGUGUCUGCUGACAAUGAGAUAUUUGUGACUGAUCAUGCCAACAAACGAAUCCAGGUCUUCAGCAUGAAUGGGACCUACCUCCGCCUCUUUCCAACCGUUGUGCCGGGUAAAAAUAUGGCGAUGUUUCCUUAUAGUGUUACUUUGGACGUGGUGCCUGGCUACCUGUGGGUACUGGGGAGGGGGCAUUACGAACAAUGGAGGUCCUAUACAUGCUAUGAAGGACAUGUCGUACAGUACAGUAAGAACGGACAUCCCAUUAAAAAGUUUGACGUAAGCCUACGGCAUGCCUCGUAUCAUGUCAUUGCGAUGGACGUACGCAACAAUAAAGUUAUCGUGGGAGACGGAUCUAGAAUUACGAUGUUUGAUCGAAACGGUUCUCGUUUUUGGAGUUCAAAAUUGCGUACGGGUUACGGGAUCGGAGGAGUCAUUUCAGAUAAGGAGGGAAAUAUCCUGCUGACGGAUGGGGAUAGAACCGUCAAGAAGUACAAUCAAUCCGGAGUAAAGGUAUUUGAAUUUGGCAGAUAUGGAAAGGCUAAGGGCCAACUGCAUUCUCCCAAAGGUAUUUGUCUUGACUCCUCUGGUCACAUCAUCGUGGCGAAUACUGAAAACCACCGGGUUGACAUGUUUACACGACAGGGCGACUUUGUCCGCACUAUCGCGGACAUUAAAGGCCCGUGGGAUGUCGCUAUGGGACCAUUUGGAGAGUUGGUGGUGAUUAGCUCAUAUACCUACACUGUAACUAUCAUUCCUCGCCACAUGGUGCGUCCUUAA